CCCACAGACAGACGACGGAUGGUGUAAACAAAAUUAAAAUUUUGUUAAAUAAAAAUUAACUCUUAUUUUAAGUACAAAAAACUAACAAAAAUGAAAGGUGAAGUUUCGGCGAGAGCUUGUCGCAUCUGUUUGACUCAAAACAAGAAAUUGCGUUCUCUAUACAAGGCAGCCGAUGAGGACGAUGAACCACCCCGAGAGAUGCUACUGAAAAUAGCUGGUAUCGCAGUGGAGGAUAUGGAUAAGCAUGAAAUGUUGCCAAAGAGUAUUUGUAAGAACUGUGAAAUGACUCUCAGCAUGGCCUUUGAGUUUCGUGAGAAAGCCCUGCAUAGUCAUCAACUUAUUGUUACCUAUAUGCAAGAUUUAAAAAUACCUUAUCCCGAUGUAGAGGAAGGCAACACACUUCCAGACACUGAGGCACAAUCCCACAUAGUGUUGACAGCGGAGUUGAGUAAGUCUCAGUUAAAUAACACCUCCUUAAAAGUCGAAAAUACUGCCAAGGCAGAUCAUGAAGUUCACAUUAUAAAUGCUGCCGAAGCUUUAGAUGACAAUACCAUUGAUAUGCAUUUACAUGAGCUUAUCUUACCCGUUAAGGGAGAAACCAAUGAUGAUGAGGAGUAUGACGAACAAAACAUAGAAGAUUUAUCCCCAGGUCCUGUCUAUGAAGAUGUGGAAGCCUCUACUAUUGAACAACAUCGUCAUUAUGAUGAAGUGAUUGGAAGUAUGGAAACUGUUGAAGCCGUACAAGAAAUGGAGGAAAAUCUUUUGUCAUCAGACGAAAGAGAUAAUGAACCAAAUGAAGAUAUGAAGCAAGAGGAGGAGGAAGAGGAUAACAGUGUUCAAUACAUCGAAGGAGAGGAAAUGCCAAAGUCACUUGCUCAUUCCCCCGCAACUGAAGGUCAAUCAAAGAAUUUAAAGCAAAAUGUAGAAAGUAAUGUAGAAAUAGACAUUGAUUUAAAUAGCCCGCAGUUGGAUUUAAAAACCUUAGCUCGUCGUAAUAGAGGAUGCAAACAGAUCCCCAGUAAAGAUCCCAAUAAGCUAUUGGGUUAUAUGUGUGAUAUAUGCGGUAAUGUUUACACAAAACGUGGACGUAUGAUGGAACAUCGCCAAAGGCAUGAUAAGGAAAAAAGAUUUGAAUGCGAACUAUGUGAUAUGAAGUUCCAUAUGCGUGAACUCCUAAGGAAACAUAUGUACUCCCAUAGUGGUGGUAAACCAUUAAAAUGUGAUUAUUGCUCCCGCACCUUCUACUAUCAGAGUGUAUUAAAAGCCCACGAACUUGUCCAUAAGGGUAUUAAACCCUAUGUCUGUGAUAUAUGCGACAAAGCUUUCAGCUAUGGUCAUUCCCUAAAGAAACAUAGACUCAUACAUACUGAAGUCAAAUUGUAUCGUUGUUAUUAUUGUAAAAAAGAUUUUCGCUUGCAACAUCAUAUGAAACAACACGAACUAACCAAAUCACAUAAAAAGGCAGUGCAAUUAGCAGAUGGCGCAGUGGCCGCUGCAGAAACUGCUGCUGCCUUGCAUCAGGAAGAAGGCCAAAGUCAAGAUACCACAGAUGAUGUUGUGGUGGAGGAGGAGGAGGAGGGAGAAGACGAAGAGGAAACAGUUUAGUAUAGGUAAUUUUAAAGGGUUUUAAGUUUAUUUUCUUAAUUUAAUCUCUUUCAAUAAGAAAUUAUUAGACCAGUCAUUGAUUUUAGAAAAAAAAACCAAAAAUAUAAAAAAAGGUUUUUUAUCUAUUUUAUAAUGCUAAACUAGGCAUUAAAAGUAGGGCGUAUUGUUGGAAAAAUUAAAUA